AUGAUUCCCAACGGGAGCAACACCAUAACCCACCACCCUUCGGUCUACCACCUGCAGCACCUGCCUUCUAGCCGCAGCAACUCUAGGUCCCCUGCUGUCCGCCAUGCGUCUAGUACCGCAAUCGACACUGCGCCGCCAACUGGUGGCGAUGACGCCGUUGAGCGCCAUCCUCAUGCUACCGAUGUUGAGAGUCAAGUCACCGUUGGCAGAACCUCACGACUUCCUCGUGUUGCCGCCGAGAGUGACCCUUUCGAUCUCUCCUCGUCAUACAAGACCGACUCAGACCUUGAGCAGAUCAAGGCCAACUCGUCGCGCAAGAGGGGCGUUGGCAAGCUCAACCCAACUUCCAAGCUGGAUGCCCGCAAAGUCCGCGGAUUCUACCAGAAUCAGAAUGCUGCCAUUGAGCGCAUGCUCAAGUCUGUCGAGGAGCAUCGCGCCGAAGCCCGCCAGGAGCAGGGCGAUGACCAGCUCAAGUUCACAAUUGCCAUCUGGGGCUCACUUGCCGCUAAUGUUGUACUGGCGAUUCUGCAACUGUAUGCUGCUAUUUCCUCCGGCUCGCUGUCCCUGAUUACCAGUAUGGCUGAUGCCGUUUUUGACCCAUUGAGCACAUUGACUCUCAUUCUGUCCAACCGCGCCAUCAAGAGAGUCGACCCGAGGCGGUUCCCCGCGGGCAAAGCUCGCCUCGAAACCGUUGGAAACAUCCUAUUCUGCAUGCUCAUGACAUCUGUUUCGUUCAUAAUCAUUGCGUUCGCCGUCCAACAGCUGAUUUCCAAGGAUGAGGACAAGAAGUUUCACAUUCCUUCCGUCAUCUCUGUCUGCGUUGCUUUUGCGACAAAGUUCUUACUCUUUCUCUACUGCUGGGGUCUCAAGGACAAGUACAGCCAAGUCAAUAUUCUCUGGCAAGAUCAUCGCAACGACUUGGCUGUCAAUGCCGUCGCCAUUCUAACUAGUGUUGGUGGUUCGAAGAUUGUCUGGUGGUUGGAUCCCGCCGGUGCUAUCCUGCUCUCCCUACUCAUCUCCAGCGUGUGGAUGCGCACUGCCUUUGCCGAAUUCUUGCUCUUGGUUGGCGUCUCAGCUUCUGUAGAGAUUCAGCAGCUCAUCACCUAUGUCUGCCUGACGCACUCGGACGCCGUCCAAGGGAUCGAUACUGUGCGCGUGUACCACUCGGGGCCGCGCCUGAUCGCUGAGGUUGACAUUGUCAUGGACCCCGAUUGCUCGCUGAGAGAGUCGCACGACAUCGCAGAAGAGCUUCAGAUCAAACUAGAGAGCCUGCCCGAUAUUGAGCGGUCAUAUGUUCACAUUGACUACGAGACCACGCACAAGCCUGAACAUUUCUACAAAAAGGAUCUCUAA